AUGGUGUUCCACACUUUCUUUACAGUUUCAAAGAUCUCUGGAAUCUUUGAAGCUCUUCUGGUGGCUUGCGAUCCUGCAGCAGUGAGGAAAGCAUAUGCCGUAAUUAAAGAGGUCGUCUCUGAAAAGACAGCAGCAGAUGCCAGGUGUUUUCUUUCUGAGCUCUAUGUGCUGUGUGCAGAGCAGGCUCUUCGGCUGGGAUGUAAGGAGAUCACAGAAGACUGCCUAAUGAUGUACUUAGAGAGUAAACCCCCAACUAAUCAGUUCCUCUGCCGCGCAUACUUCUGCCAGGCUCAGCUGAACUCGCCACGCACUGUCACCUGUGUGGAGGAUUUGGAGAAGGCUGUGAUGUACUAUUUAAAGGCCAUAGAAGUGUCCAAAGGCAAGCCGAGAUACCAUUUUCUGGUGUUUAAUGCAUCGCUGCUGUACUUCCAGACCAUACAGGUUUUUCUGCGACCUGGCCGAUGGCAGUUUCUGGUCCCCUCUCUCAGCCAGGUGCUCAGUGCUCUGCAGGAAGUGCAGGACCCAGACCUUGCCUGGCGUGCUGAACUGAUGAUACUUUAUGUGGACUGCCUGCUGGAUGCUGGGAAAAAGACAGAGGCUGCCAGUUUUUCUAAGGUCACGUCUGAUUUUAUAGAACUCCAUGCGCCCGAGCUGUACCCCCGCAUUUUCUCCAUACAGGUGCGGCAUGACCUUAUGGACGUCUCCAAUAUUCUGACCCAAGCAAACGCAAAAGUACUUGCUAUCUACAAAAUGCAGAAGCUUAAACACAUGACUUUGAGUAAAGCUGGAGAUGGUUCUGAUAAACUGAAAGAGAUUUUUCUCCUGCUCACCCAGCCCUCCCAGGCCCAGUCACCUGCCUCCCACAGUCCUGGCACUGAUCACAGCCUUUCUAUCACAUUAGCUGAAAGGAUUGAGCUGCUUUUGGAACUUGCAUUUCUCUCCCUCGAUUUAAAAGAACCCAGGAUCACAGAGAACUGUCUAACAGAGCUAGAGCCAGUCAGUAACACUACUGUAGGACAGCGCAUUAUGAUGGAGUGUGUUGAGUGUUUACUGGCCCUUGUAAAACACAAAGACCUUAUUGAGGACUACUCCAAAAGCACCGUGCAGGCUUGGGUAGAUGUAGUAGGCCGACUGGAAACUUUGCUGCGUAGAGCGGUGAAAGAUGGGGAUGCUCAGGUGAUACAGUGUCUGUGUGCUUCCUUAUGGAACAGCUGUCUCCCUCUGCUCCAGCACAACCUGCGAAGGAACAUCAAAAGCCCCCUGCUCACACUUGCACAUGCGUUGGAAGAAAGCGUGCUGUUAGACAUGCGGUGUCAGGUUCAUUCUGAGCUGGCUGCUAUAGAGGAAGAAGAGGAGAGGCUGGAGUCUGCUAUAAAACAUCUCCGUACAGCCCUGAGCCUGGAUGAGACCGGCCAGUACAAGCAGCGUUUGUCCUUCUCCCUACACCUCCUACAGCUGCGCUGCCAAUUCUACAGCACCCCCGUACGCCCAGAGGACCAGGCUGCCGUCCUCAUCCAGCAGGUUAAAGAGGGAUGUAGUUAUGAGCCAGCAAAGAAAUGGCACCCCAUGCUGGUUAGUGCUGGCAUUGUUCUGGCACCUGACACCUUCCAGAUGGUCCUGGAUGCAGACAGCUCAGCAGGAGUUUCAGGUAGCAGAAUCCAGGAUGUGGAGCAACUUGCAAAAGAGGCCCAACACCACAGGGAAUCUGUACAAGAAGUGGAAGGUCAUCUGUCCAGGUUGAAAAAUGACACAGAUGAUGGAGAAAGGACGAGGCUGUGGGCAUCUCUGGUUAAGAUUGCACGGAAACUGGAGUUGUGGGACGUGUGCAGGGCAGCCUGCCGCUUCUGUCUGCUUUAUGAUGACAGGAGAUGGAAAAUGAAGUAUGAUCAGAAGCAGAAGGAUGAAGAAGGUGAAGAUGUGAAGAGAGAGCUUCUGCGUCUGCUGGCCGAGGUCCACUUUAUCAAUGCUGAGGCAACCAUUCAGAAACUUCGCUCAGAGGGAGUAGAGCUUAAUGACUCACCUCUUCCGUCUCUUAAAAGAAGUGCACACAUACCUGAGAAUGACCUCCACUGGACUAUAUACAGUGACUGGAUUCGAGAGCUUUCCAUCUACGCUACAAAUAACUUCAUGCAGGGAGCAGAAGUAGGGGCGGAACUGCAGGAGUCAUGGCUGGUAGCUAAUGCGGCUGUGUACCUGUGGAACUAUAACUGUCACAUUCUGUCCACGGGGGGCCAGCACACUCUAGUGCCCACAUUCAGCAGAUUGGUGGAAUUACUCAAACAGACAGGACAUGCUGGGGAGGUUAUGCUACUGGUCCUGUUGUGUAAUACUGUGGCCCAGGGUAUCAUCCAGCCCUGGUGUGUAUCACCUGGACUUACUACUCAGGAGGAGACAGAGCCACAGCCUUUGACUGACAAGGCUAAGAAGGGUGGAGGGAAACUAGGCUUCACUCCUGGUCUUGGUUUGGAAGCGGCUGCUGUGCAGGACAUCAAGAAAGCUCUACAGUUAUGUGAAUAUGCUAUGCACCUGUCCAGUGUGAACAAUGACAAGUUGCCCAUUAUGGUUAGGAAGCAGAUCAUCAGCACAUGGGUGAAUAUCAAACAACUGCUCCAACAGCAGAUUGGUCAAAAACUCGACAUUGAUGAGGUGUGUAAAAAUGAGGCAGUGGCAGCCAUGUCCCGGGUCCUGGUUGGAGUGGAGAUGCUGAGGUGUAAUUGUAACCCUGGACUGAUGGAAUUCACGGUGCCCAACCUUGCAGUACUGGUACGAAUGGCAUCUGAAUGUAAAUGGUCUGAUCCGGUGGUGGCGCUGUACGUAUGGUCUCAGCUUGCUCACUUUGCACACCAGAGCUCUGAUCACGACCUAGUUGAGAUCUGCACUGAGAACGCCAUGAAGCUGGAGCAGACUGCCGUCCUUAAGGCAAAGAUGACAGUGUAUAAUCUGUACAGUGUGAAAGAGGUGCAGGAGAUGCUCAGCAGUGCUGCAUGUUUGAGAGGACUGAGCAUGGUACAUAAGUCCAGAGGACAUCUGGCCAAAUACACAGAGGCUCUUGAGAUACUUCAGUCCAGCAUCAGUUAUGCCGAGCAGGCGAGUAGCUGGUCGCUGUGUGAUACUUUAGCCAGGCAUUACUGGAACGCCUGCCUCCCUCUCUUGGAGACUCCUGAGCAGAGACAGCAGCUCCAAAAGCCACUGGAGCUCAUUGUGAAGGCUCUGUCUCGCACCUCCCCUCAACCAGCAACUGAAAGAUAUAAAGGAGUGAAAGUUCAGAAGGAGACACAAGUGAAGUCUAUGACUGCAAUGCUGGAAACUAACAGUAAAGUUGAAGAUGAUCUGGCAGUGAGAGCAGCCAUGUACAGUGUGUUGUUCCAGAUUCAUGCAGACAAUCAGAAUUGGAGAAGUGGCCUGCAGGUUCUGGACCAGGCAAUUAGAGAGGUGCCUCGUAGCCCCCACCGACUCAUCCUCUAUAAGCAGCGGGUGCUGGUGAAAGCUCAGCUGGGGGAAAAUAUUGAGCUGGACAUGCAGAAAUUCAAAGAAUGUGGAGAGCUGGCAUUUGCUCAGAUGUGGCAGUGUGCUGCACUUUUAGCCAAAGACACACAGCAGCAAACUGUCUACUAUCAGAACGCCAUCCUCGCCCUACAGAGUGCUGAUGUGCAGUGGUACAAGGUGGAUAUGCUUCUGGAAUUUGGGGAAUGGCUGUACUUUAAUCAUUUACCCAUAGCUGAAUCACAGCUGCACAUUCAAUCAGCAAUAGAUGUCCUGCUGUCCACUGAUACAGACACCAGACAGAACCCUAGUAAUGCAGCCUUGGCCAGCUCAUUAUCUGCCCUGGACGGAAAGACUGUGUCAUCUGUGCCUAUUCUACUCGAGCUGAAGGACCUGCGACGUCUAGAUGCCCUGAUGCGGGCACAUACACUGCUGGCUCUCAUGGAGUCCAGAGUAUCUGCUCUGCACCAUCACUAUCUGAUCCUGGCGUAUCAGUUUGUUCUGAGGAUCUGGCAGGUGUCAAUAGAAACAGCACAGGAAAUCAUUAAAGAGGCAGCAAAGAAUUCAAAUCCUCUGCCUGUUCCUGCAUCCAGCACCAAAGAAGACAAGGAGAAAGAAAAAGGCAAAAAGUCAAAAGAGCCCCCUCAUGUUGAGAAAAAACCCAGGUUCAUCUCCCUCCCGUCAACCACAGAGGAGUGGGCUCAGUUUGAAUGCACCGAAGAGCUUCGACAGGCGUACCACCAGGACCGCAGCUCUCAGUCUGUUAACAAUAGCCACAGAAUGCAGAGCCGGACUCUCUUUUAUCUGGAUAUCUUGGUGAAAGCGCUCGAGUCUGUUUCUCAGACCCCACUGACUCUGCCUCUUCUACAUCUGUCUGAACUCAUCGCUCAUGAUCGCUCACUUAGCAAGAGCCAUUCAGACCUUUACCGUCUCAGAAUAAUAAAGACGUGUUGUGAGCUCAGGCUUGAGUCUUCCACACCCUACAGAGAAACAUUACUAAGCUUUGCCACUAUUCCUGAGGAGGAACAAAUGUUGUGUAGAAAAGCGAUCGCUCUUCAGAGAGAACGAAGUGGACACCGAACAGAAUCUGAAAUCAGAAAGACACAUGAGAUGUUUCCGGCUCACAGCUGGGGCGCUGCAGUCAGUGGCAGUGUGUACAGAAAGAAGCUGGACAGACAUGCAGUGCAGGAUCUGUGGCUGGACAAGGCUGCUGUGUGUCUCAGUAUGGGUCUGUACCAGCCUGCCAGACGUCUGCUGGUUGAGGCUCAGCUGGUGUCCAAGGAACUUGAAGAUCAAACCGCGUUGGCUAAGACUUUUUACCAGUUGGCUAUUCUGGCCAGUCACAACCAGCAGCAAGAUCAGGCCCAUGCUUUGUUAAAGCAGGCUCAGGAGAUCGGUGGGGAUGAGGAUUUCUGGUACAACCUCACUCUGAUUCUUCUGAACGUCACAGCAGAGCUCCAUGGAGAGGACACAUAUGCACAGGUGUGUCAGAUCACAGACACAGCCACUGGUUUCUUCAGGUCAGUUCUGCAGCAGAGACGAAAUCAAGCUUCAGUCCUGAAUUUCUACAUUUCAUCAUUGCGGACUAGAGGUGCAGUUUUGUGCCGAAUAGCCCUGAGCCCUGCUUGUCCUGGUCAGGCUGUUGAUACCAAGACAGUUAAAAGACUUCACUCGUUGUGUGACACAUUAAAACACAGCGCUGCUGUUCUGCUUGAUCAUGGUUACAAGACUCCUGCUGCAGAAACAACAUACGAGCAGGCAAACACUCUCAGAAUGCUGGCCAUGCUGACUUCUGUCAAGGAAGAAAAACAGCGGUACCUCCUCGAUGCCCUCUUGCUUUUGCAGAAGACUGUAUCCAUUCAGGAGGAUGUGCUUUCUAAUUGCCUCAAGCUUCUUCCACUUCAUGAGUGUGAGUGGAGUAAGCUGCCUGCCAUGCGUGAGAGUGUACGUUUCAGGCUGGCUCUGGCUGAUCUGGGUCUGCUGCUGCUGGACAUGCAUUGCGAGGAGGAGAUGGUCCAGGCUAGAUUUCGGAGCAUGAAGAACCCCACUGAGAGAGCUGUGGAGGACUACAUCAAAAGCAGCGCGGACCUCAGUGAUCUAGAAAAUGAGUGGCUAUCCAUAGGUCAGUCUGUUGGUCAGGUUACUUUAACCCAACUGACUGUGGUCCAGUCUCUGUUGAAGGACUGCGUGAAGACAAGAGUUCUUUCACUCAGCAUGCUGGGAAAGUGCCUGAGGCUGUUGGCUCAGAGGAAGGACCCACUCUACCCCAGUACUCUGUGGGACAGACCAAUUAUGAAAAAUACAGUGGAAAAACAAGGGGAGACUGAGGAUGAAGACGAGCAGAGCAAACGAGGAGUGGAGGAAAGCACAACACAGAAGAGUGCCAACACUUGCGAAAGUGCUGAACCAGAGAGCAACAGAACAGCAGUGCAGCAGAUGUUGACUCAGGCCAGAGAGACACUUACUGAGGCUCUAAAUCUGGGUCUGCAAAACAACCUGCCGGAGCUGCUUGCUCAGAUCUGCGGGGAGCUGUUGGAGUGCCACAGUCAAUAUGACCCGACCUCAUCUGGGCAAUACCUCGCCCUGCUGCAGAGCUGUGUGUGCUGCACUGAAAUGUCCAGGGUGUUACAUGCCGCAUGUUUAGACACUGGUAAGUCUCAGGUGGCGGCUCUGCUUGGUCUACAGAAAAGCCUGCAGCUGUCUGAUCAACACAGCAGCAGUGUGCUUUCAGCCGUCAACCACUCUCUUCACUCUCUCUCAAAGGCUUAUCAGCAGCUGAACAUAAAUCCAAACCACUUGGGAUUUCUUGAAGAGAUGCCACCUAAUCUUAAAAUCCUGCUGCUGCAGCACUCUGGAGAUGGUUCACUGCUCUACGGAGCAUUAUAUGAGAAGGUGAAAGCCACUGAGAAUCAGAAAGGAAGGAGCAUGCAGGCACCAGGUGGAUUGGUGUGCACCAGUGUGGCCAAGGCUCGGGUCCAACCUUCUGUAAUGCAUCGACUCCGAAAACAAGCUCAAACUUUUAAAAGCCUUGCUGCACGUACCCUGCGGAACAAGUCCCACCAGCACAAAAGUACUGCAGGGACCGAACAACACUCCCAACUGGAACACGACACAGACCAAGAGCUGGGGACGCAUUUGCAAGCUGUGGUCCAACAAAUGGAGGACUAUCUGCAUCCUAUCCUCUCUCAGUUCGACUUUUCAUCUUUCAGCCAGUGCCCUUCAUUGACAGGCAACGAUGAGAACACUCAACCUAAAGACAAGGAAAACAGAGAGGCUACAGAUAAAACUCAGUCUGGAUCGUCUGAGGAGCAAAAAGAGUGUGUAGUGGUGUUAGCAGACAGGAUUUUGCUGGAUCUGCCUUUAGAAUGCCUGGCUGUUCUGAAGGGAGAUGGAAUCAGCUCGGUGUCGCGGGAUUUCUCAUUGCAGGUUUUCUACACACGCCUUCAGAGAGAUCAGUCAGUUGAAAGUGACAAUAAAAAGGACAUCAAAAGUGGAAAGGCAGCCAAGGGGAAGGGAGAUCAAAGUAAAGGAAUCAAAGUGGCACCAAUGGAUCGUACUGUUCCUGCACACUGUCUCCCAGUGGACACACACAAGUUUAAAUAUUUUGUGGAAUCACAUAAUGAUGUAGAAGAUACCAAAUGUAUUGAUCCAUCUGAGACUGUGAGGAAAUCUAUAGAGAUGUACCCACAAUCCACAGCUCUCUGGAAAGGCAUCAUGGGAACUGAUCUGUCUUAUAGUGCUGAAGAUCUGGAGCAUCUGCUGACAAACUGCAGUUCUUUCAUCUUUUUUGGAUCAAGACGCUUUGUCAGCCACAUUUCUCCUGCCAGACUAGCGACUCUCGACUUGAGUGAAUGCCAGAUGGCUAUUCUCUUUGACCUACAUCAGAGUGCCACUAAUAUUCGGCGCCAGUCUCAGCGGGAUGUCCACAUGAGUAAGGACAUGUUGGCACUGAAAGCUCCGGUAGAGUGUGUGUACCUGCUUACCCUCUCUGGAGUUCACUCUGUAAUGCUCAACCAGUGGUCCAGUAGUGGCACAGUCAAUGCUUACAACAUGGAUGUCAUCUUGGAAAAUCUCCUGAAAACAGGAUUAACGUCUGGUCAGGCUGUCUAUACUUUGCGUGCAAGAUCAACACAGAUCUCAGAAAAGACAGACUGUGCUGCGGGUGAAGGUGCUGCACCAAGCUGGAGUUCACUGCUGGCUUUCAACUUCAUCAUCUAUGGAUUACCUAAUUUAGUGGUUAUUUAACCUUGUGCCCAUGUCUGUAAUUUAACUGCAAAUAAUAUUGUUUUAAGUAAUCCAAUGAUCUUAUCGCUCCUGGCUCAAAAUAGAGACACAAAUGGAUAAAAUAUGUAGACAUUCAUUAUUUUCUUAUAACUGCUCAGGGCUUCUUGUCUGGCUUACUAUAAUCUACAUCUUGACAUUGGAUAGAUGUCGAGACAGACAAUGUAAGAAUGUUUAUUUCUAGGAUUUGUUUGUAUUGUACGGAUUGUAUUGGGAAAGUGGACGAGCCUACAGGACAUUUAGUAACUAGGCGGUUAAAUAAUGUUAUAAAGUGCCGUUUAAAGCCA